CUUCUUUCGAAGCGGUUCAGGCGCUCGCGAUAAGUCUUUAUAUUAUACAUUCUAUAAUAUAUAGCCGAUCCAAACACAAACAGCCCAUUCGAUCCGCGAUAAGCAAGAAAUUCAGAAAACAAAAAACCACACCAAGUGAGAGCCGUCGUCGAGCCGUUAAAAGCAUUUCGGCCAAGUGCACCAACCGCAGAAACGUCGCGUUAGCCAACUAAAUCAGUUACCCAAAAAAAAAAGUGUUUUAUGAAAAACAAUUAUACAAAAAUAUAAAAAAAUUUAAGAAUUUUUUUUAAUCUACAAAAUCAAAGAAACAAUGUCAAAAGCGUUUUGAAUAACAAAACAUUAUGUCGAUUGUCUGCACGCUGGAACAAAAAGUGAACUUUUUCAAAGCGGCUGCAACAACGAAAAAUCUGUUGAUACUCAAAAACAAUACGGAUACCAAUUACAGCAACAACUACAAGCAGGAUAUCCCCAGCAACAACAAAUCCCCCUGCAUCCAACCUCAAGGAGCCAACACCCAGCAGCAACAGCAACUGCAGCAGAAGCUAGCACAGCUGCAUCACUACAGCCAGCAGAAGCUGAGCGGCAGCGACUUUCCCUACGGGCCACGCCCCCACACCGGAGGCAAGGAGGAGACCCUGUUACUGCUAGCGCCGCCGGCCAAACUUUAUCCAGAGGCAGUGGUGGCCACAACGAUGCCUGAGGUCCUAAGCGGCACACCCACAAACAGCCACAACAAAGCCAACAUCGCCAUGAUGAACAACGUCAGGCUGUCCAAUAUAUCGCCGACUCUGUCGAUGAACGGCAGCUCCAAUGAGGCAUCUAAUUUGCAUCCUUUGUCCAUGUACGGAGGAUCCAUCAGUCCGCAGUCCAAUGACAGUGGCAUGUCCGACAGUCUUGGCAAGUUUGUCCCAGGAAGCGGCUAUGGAGAUAGUAUGAUGGGUCAAUCUCCCUCACAAGGCGGCAAUGGACCGCAGUCGGCGUUGACCGCCGCCCAGAAAGAGCUUUUCUCGCAGCGAAAGCAACGUGAAUUUACGCCGGAUAAUAAGAAGGAUGAGAGUUACUGGGAUCGCCGGAGACGCAACAAUGAGGCGGCCAAAAGAAGCCGGGAGAAGAGACGUUACAAUGAUAUGGUUCUGGAACAGCGCGUCAUCGAAUUGACCAAGGAGAACCAUGUGCUAAAGGCCCAACUGGACGCCAUUCGUGACAAGUUCAACAUUUCUGGGGAAAAUCUGGUCAGCGUGGAGAAGAUCCUAGCUUCGUUGCCCACCAGUGAGCAAGUGCUGAGCAACACAAAGAGAGCCAAGAUGAGCGGCAGUGGUGGCUCCUCUUCGGGAUCCUCGCCCUCAGGCAGUGGAUCGGGUGAAGGAUCACCAUCCGGUGGCCACAAUGGCUAUCCGGUGGGUCCACCACUAUCACCUUUGAUCUACGGACCCAAUGGCAAUGCCCGGCCAGAGGCCACAGUGAAGAGUGUCCACCAUGUCCAACAUGCGGGUGUUCCGCCACCUCAAACGCACCUGCAUCAAUUGGUUGUGCCCCAGCCUCAGUCGCAGCAUGUCUACCAGCCACAACCGCAGCAGCAUCAGCCGCAUCAGCAGCAAGUACCCCAGCCUCCACAGCAACAGCAGGAGCCAAGUCCCAGUGCCGGCUCCAGUUCGCCAGCCAUCUCCGAUCCGCACAACCGCCCGCCCAGCAGCACAAUUGCCAAUCUCCAAGUGCAACUGCAGCAGGCAUUGAACCGGAAUGUCAGACCGGAGGAUCUGGAUAGUCUGCGCAAGGCUGUGGCUGCCGGAGCUCUUUACAAUGCAGCAGCUGUUGUGGGAGCACCACCUCCACCACCUCCUGCUGGCUUAUAUGUUCCUGCACCCAGCGCUUAUAAGGAUCAUCUGGAAGCAGCUGCCGCCUGGAGCCACAAUGUCGAGGCGGCGGUGAGCAGCAGUGCCGUGGACGCGGUCAGCAGCUCAUCGGUGUCCGCCAGUGCGGCCAGUGUACUGAAUCUGUCACGGAGGGCCUGCUCACCCAGCUACGAGCACAUGCUCUCCUCUACCACCUCCUCCACUUUGUCCUCUGCCUCAUCAUCGGGAGCUGUUUCCGGCGACGAUGAGCAGGAGCAUGAACCAGCGCACUUGGCUCCACUGCAGCUCCAGAGGAGUAGCCCGCAGCAAGGCAGCGAUGCCAACAACUGUUUGCCUCUCAAGCUGCGCCACAAAUCCCAUCUUGGCGACAAGGAUGCAGCGGCCACUGCACUGCUCUCCCUCCAGCACAUCAAGCAGGAACCCAACUGCAACCGUGCUUCGCCGCCAGCUUGGAACGAUGGUGGUGACAACUCCAGCGACGAAAGGGACUCCGGCAUCUCCAUUGCCAGUGCCGAGUGGACGGCGCAGCUGCAAAGGAAGCUCCUAGCGCCCAAAGAGGUCAAUGUGGUGUCCAGUGCCGAGCGAGAUCAGAUGCUUAAGUCGCAGCUAGAGCGUCUGGAGUCCGAGGUGGCCAGCAUUAAGAUGAUCCUGGCGGAGUAAGCAAGAGGAUAAUGAUUAUAGCAGAAGCCGGAUCAGGAGAGAGAGCGAAGAGACAGAGACUCUGAAGGGAUCAGAGUCGGGGGAGCAGAGCAGUAGAUGGCAGAGCAGAGAGUUCCAUGGCGCCAGUAGUUCUCCAGAUCGAAAAAGUUUUAAGCAUAACCAGUAGAGAUGUCCAAACCACAGUGUUAACUAUUAGAUAUCGAUGCAUGCUUGUCUCUAUCUCUAUGUAUAACUCUAGGAUCAGGUUUUAGCCAUAAGAUCCUAUGGCUCUAACCUGGUCAAUACGUAUCUAUCCACUGUAUUUGAGUCUUGUAAUCGUGAAUGUUUUAACUAUAUAGAUCUCGUCAAACUUGGAGCUAAACAAAUCCUUAGGGUCAGCCCAAAUGAAUUUCUUAUUUAAUCUGUUUAUACACACACACUCACACACACAAGCUAUUUGUUUGCAUAGUUUAGUUGGUGACCUUAGAUAUCUUAGGGGUCACCAUUUAAGCUAUUGCUCUCUUAUGUAUCCCAAGUUUCCUUAUGCACAGCGAAAGUGGAGAAAGUUAAAAAUAUUAUAUUUGUAGGCAAACGUUACCAAGUAUUUGCUGUUGUAAAUAUUACACAAUUAAUUAUAUUUACUAUUAUAUAUUCUAUAUAUUCCUAUUGUGUACAUAAUUUUAGUUGCAAGCUUAGCUUAUUUUAUUUUAUUUUAUUUUAUAUAUAAUAUUAUAUAGUGAAACAAGCAUAUACAUUACGAUUUAGGAACGCGUGAAGCACAUUCGAAACGUGAGUGACGAAGGAAAUCUGAAAAGAACUAAUGAAUAUAUAUGUAUAUUCUGCAAUAAAUAAUUUUAAAUAUCUAAACUUAAUGUUUGUCGUUCUCAAUUUAUUUAUUGUUUGCUGCUUUGGUUGCCCGUGUGGGUCACAGCGCUUUAACUAAAUGUUAUCAAAGUUUAAGAAACUUUAAAAAUUAAAAAAGAAAUACAACAAAAAAA